CUCUGUUGCCUUGAACCACCUCUAUCCGCCCAACUGCUGUUGAAACGCUUGCCCUUGGAGUCGCCACCACCAGUAUGAAUUGGGGAAUUGGAAGUCUGCCUUACUUGCGACGUGUGAGGCCGAUACCAGCCUUGCUCGCCCUCCGCAAUGCACCCCGUCCACGGCCCACUGCCCCAUAAGAGAACCUCUCCCUGACGUUGCCCGCCAUGAACACCCCCAUCAUCGCACUAGAACCAUGACUCAGCGCCCGCAACCUCUGAGAUUUGUCGGCCCACCAGUCCCCCGCGCAAGACCCAUUCCACCAUCAAAAUGGGACGAACACAAGGAAGAGCUGCGCUCCUUGUACGAGGAGAGGACACUAGAGGACUUGAUGGAAUUCAUGAAACGCACGCAUAGCUUUGAGCCAUCGCACCGCCAAUACAUUUACAAAUUCGAGAAAUGGGGUUUUAAGAAGUACAACACCGGCGGUCGAGAGACACUUCAACGACCUCCUAUCCCCCCUCGCUUACAGCACCAGUUGAGCGUGUCGGCACCGGAGCGAAGCCUGCCCAACUACCCUCUUGUGUCCUCAUCUACACCCAAGCGACCAAAGAGCAUGGGAAGCUUACAAAGUCGCGGCAGUCAGAGCUCAAUGGACAGGCCCACAGUCCCACCGAAGAAACGCCAGAAACUAGCCGAAUACAUAGCAUCGAGAGAUCCUUUCGCCGACCCGGAACCGGACCUCCCUGCUGCACCGGCCCAUGACCAGGACCAGUACCGAGCUACUCCAUCUGCCUGCGGAGCCCCUCAGAUGCCUUACACAGGUACCGCCGGUACUUCACAGUCCACGUCCCCUACGUACCUAGGCAGCUCUCCACGUAGCGCUCUAUCUAGUGGCCUUGGUGCAAAGACAAGUACAGUGUCCAAUACCCCUGGUCUGAUUGAAGACGACAGCGACUGGAUUACUAUCAACGAGCAAAGCGACAAUGAUCCGCUGCUUUCUAAGUCUCUCGAUAAUCUCGAGAACCUGGACUUUGGGAAGACUCCAAGCCUUCCACUAUCAGUCAGGCUAUGGUCGCCCAACAGACGGCGCUUCGACAGUAGCCGUCCUAUCCAUACCUUCUCGCAAGAAGAACUUACCGACAUGAAACUGGCUGCGCAUUUCCUUCAGUCUCUUGGCUUCGAUAGCGAUGCUUUUGAGCUGUUCACCAUCUUGCUGAAGCGAUUGAAGGAGCCCAACACCGAACCCUCAUGGAUGAGAUCCUCGGCACUGAUUAGCUGUGUCCGCUCUUCCUUCUUGUCCUCCCAAGUCGAAAUUGCGCGCAAUGAGCUGUUCAAGACGCUUGAUGAACCACGAGACACCUUUACCGACGUGGAGCACUUCAUUUAUCGCAUGCUCCUUGCCGAAACUUACACGCGCUCCGAUGAUAAGGACAGUGAGAACUUUAUCAGUGAGAUCGCAAUUGGGUGUGAGCUUGCUAGCGAUAAGAUGUUUGAUCACCUGCCGGCCGAGCAUCGCUCGUUCGACCUUCUCACUUAUCACUACCUAAACAAAUGUCUUGAGUAUCUCAACACCUUUGUACAAGACGACUGGGAUCAAGGCAGCAUAUUCACCGAUAAAGAGCACCUUCAGAUUCGAAUCUUGGAACGAAUUCCGGGCCCAUUUGAACUUCGCCAAAGCUCUAUGAAAAACCCUCUCCUUCGGUCGUGCCUCACAUGGUGCGCCAAGGAGCUGUCGUCUAUUACUAAGCUGCCAGACUCAUGGAAGGCCGUGCAGUCUGACGACGACAACUACGUCUACUGGACUGAUCAUAUUGGAUUGUACUGUGGACUCUGGGAGCGAUGGCAAGCUCAAAGACGUGACUGUUUUGGUUCCGCCCUAGCACCCUGGAUGCUUGACACUGAGAGACUGAUGGGCAUUACACCUGCAGAGCUACUAUCGAUUACAUGCGGUCUAAUUAUGAGUGCUGCUCCCCCUAGAACACUCCAGUCGGAUCUGAACCUCAUCAUACGGGCACGAAGUGGCGCCGCUACCGUUUCUCGUCUGUCAGACAAAGACCUGGGCUGCCAGUUUUUAGAUACCUACUCCUUGUUGGGGACAUUGUUCGGCUCUGCUCCACAGCGGCAAUACCACGACUGGGUCUCAUUCUUCGCCAUGUUAGUCAACUCGACUCGAGAACGGGAGACAUUCGGGGACAAGGCGCGCGGUUUCGUGAGAGACUUUAUCGAAGGCGACCUCAACAUAAUCCUGCCGGGUGUUCCACGAGAUGAGGAACCCGGGCCGUCUCGGCAAGAUAGCGACAGGAUCUCACCGCGGCUAUCUGAAAAUGCGAGGAGGAGCAUGGAAAACCUAGCAGCUACUCUUUUACCGACACUUGCGUCAUCAAUCCACUCCUCUGAGCUUUCUGCAAUGCGAUCGCUCCGAGAUCAGAUCCAGCAGGCCACACGGCGCUCGAUAGAUCGUGCUCCAUCGUGGGGUGUCGGUAGGCUUGCUUCUCAAAGCCAUGCCACCAUUCCCACUGUUAGCGAGUUGUCACAAGCCAUGGCAAGCACGCUCAGCCUGUCUUCUGCCCAGCAAGCAGCCAAUGCCGCCUUGGAUGCGAUCGCAUCUGCAUCCAGUGAUAUUUUCGGCAUGUUCUCCGACGUUGAAGUAGAUGGCGAUCCUUUUAGUGAGAGGUAUGGCGAAGUAGUAGAAGGUUGAGUGACUGGCAUCUUAUUCUUUUCAUUUUGGGUAACGAUGGGAAACUGC